CCUCCCACACACCUGCCGCGCACACCUUUCCGCCGCGCGGGCCAGGCGGGGCGAGAGCCGCUGGUCAGGUGGCUCCGGCUGCCUGCCUGGCUGACGUGGACGCCAACAGGAACCCGCCCUAUAUGAGGCGCGGGCGGGCGCGCCGAGUGCGUCGGAGCGAGGAGAGAAGCGCCUGCAAGGGUGGAGGAGGUCGGACGGGGCGGGCGGCGACGAGCCGGCUGCUGCUGCUGCGCGUCCCCUCGACGUUUCCCCUCCUCCUCCUCCUCUCCGCUUGCUCCCUCUUGGCACGCCCCGAAGAGGAAAAAGCGCCCGCGAGAGAGAGCGUCCUGAGGGCGAUGGCUGCCGAAAUGGACCCCAACAGCGAGCAAGGUCUGCUGAAAAAUGAAGUAAUUCCUGAAAUUGGAGAAGAUGCUGCUGCUUCAGUUAAUGUUGCAGAAGCUUUGUCAGAAGAAGAACAGGAAGAACUCAGAAGAGAGCUUGCUAAGGUGGAAGAAGAAAUCCAGACUUUGUCACAGGUACUAGCUGCUAAAGAGAAGCAUCUAGCAGAAAUAAAGAGAAAGCUGGGGAUCAGUUCACUGCAGGAGCUGAGGCAGAACCUUUCCAAAGGGUGGCAAGAUGUCACAGCAACAAAUGCGUAUAAGAAGACAUCAGAAACACUGUCUCAAGCUGGGCAGAAAGCUUCUGCUGCAUUCUCAACAGUUGGCUCUGCAAUAACGAAGAAGUUGGAAGAUGUGAAAGUGCACGCAUUUGCACAUUCCUUUAGUAUACGUUGUCUACAACAUUCAAUUAGCAUGCCUGCUAUGAGAAAUUCCCCAACAUUCAAGUCCUUUGAAGAAAAAGUGGAAAACUUAAAGUAUAAGGUUGGGGGAACCAAGCCUCCUGGGGGUGACUUUGGAGAGGUCUUGAACUCUGCUGCCAAUGCCAGUGCCACAGAAGCUACUACAAAGCAGACAGAAGAGGAGACUCAAUGAUUGCCCUGCCUUCCUUGUGCUACCCACUGCCAGAUGCUACAAGCAAAUGCUGAAGCACAACACCUCUGCUGUAGACUCUUCCAGGGUGUCCUUCUGUUUAGCACUUAGCUUUAUAGCUGUUCAAUGUAAAUCGUUUCUUUAGGUUCAGAGUAUUUUUGAAAUCGUAAAAUACACUCUUGCCUAUGUUAUCUGUGGGAUGGGGAAUUUUUAUGCAUUUUGAGUAUUUAAAAAGAUUUAUUUCUGGUCCAAAGAAAUCAUAAAGGUUUUACAAAAGGUUUAGAAAUGGGAGACUCAACACUGUAUAUGAUGGAUGCUGGGACGAAUAGCAGUUGCUUCAUGCCAUGUCUCUUCAUACUUAAUUCACUGCCAAAACCUUUGAAAACUUCAUUGUUGUUUUAAGUGUGUGACUUUAAUUGGUUCUGUUGCAAGAGGUUCCACAAGCAGAAUAAGUUUGCUUUGAUAUUGCAAUGUUAAGUUAUCAGUGUAUGUGUUGUGGUCUUGGUAAGAGGACACUGAAAGUAGGGUGAUUCCAACAAACAUUCACUAUUUUUAUGGUUUCCCUAAAAAAAUAAAAAUCCUGAUAGUAAACUUCUCUGAACAGUUCAAACUAGCAGAGAUGACGCUUUCUCCUGGGCAUUAGAAGUUGACUUCCAGAAGUAAAAUGAGGCAGGCUAUUAACAUAAAUUAUAUAGGCUGAAAGCCUACUGCAAAUGGAGUGGUUUAGAAGCACCAUACUUAUAAAAAAUAAAAUGGUUGCUCCCUUCCGCUUGCUAAUUGAUGAAAAGGAACAUUCAACUAAAAGUCCAUGUUGUUUCUGCUGCUUAUAGCACUCCCCCCUCUCAUCAAUCAAUAAAUUAAGUGUAUGGUACCAACAGUGCAGAGCCGGCUAUGCAUUUACAUUUGGGGAAAUGCACAUUGGAAUGUAGGCAAUAUAGACCCAAGCUCUGAAUUGACUGCAGUGGAAGAUUGGAAUAAGAUAAAGUGGGCAAUCUCACUGCCUGGAAAUACAAAAAUGAGCACGGUCAACUCUUUCUAUGCUUAAAAAUGUUUUCUUAACUAAAACCUGUUGCUGAUCUUGUAAAAAGACUUGGCUUCCUAGAAGCUAAAUGCACUCCCACAUUGUAUGUAUACUAUGUGCCUGCAUUAGACAAAUUUCUGGCACACUGUAAGGUUAUAUUUAGGAAAAGUGUUUUGCCACAUUAAUCACAAAGCUUGAAAUGAACUAGAACACAUUCUUAAAGGGUGCAUUGCAACUUAGGCUUCAUCUUUAUAGCUGUACCAGAGCUGCCACAAAUAAUACCUAUUAAGCAAUUUUGCUGUAUUUGACAGCGUUCUGUAGCAUUUCAGAUUUAGCCUCAAUACUUGAUUACUUGUUAAAAUAAAAGCAUUGUCUUCUCAAAUGUAAAAUGCUACUUUGA